UUUUCAGGUCAGAAGAGUGCAAAUUUGUCUUCUCAAGAAUGAAGAGCAAAGAAGCUGAAGCUAUUUUGAAGCCCAUGUACGAUGCAAUGGAAAGUACAUAUGAUGCCGGUGAUUUGACAAAAGCCCUGAACGAUUAUUUUCAUGACGAUGGUGUGGUUGUCCACAAAGGUGUUAUGGUGCAGUAUGGCAAAAAAAGCAUCAUUGAAAACUUCAGCAAGAUGGCAGAAGAAUGGGGAAAAGUAAAAUUCGAACGAAAACACCAAAAAUAUGAUGGAUGUGAUCGCUUGAUAUUCACGACAUUCGAUGCCGUUGUCGAUUCAGAGAAGAAAGGAAAGCAAAAAGCUAAAAUCCUACAAAUUUUCAAAAAAGACGAUGACGGCAAAUGGAAAUUAUACCACGAUGAAUUCGAAAUCCUGAAGUAGUUGUUUGACUUUCUUGCGAUUUGAGACACUUGGCAAUGUAUUCAAAAAUAAAGUGGUUUGU